AUGGUAUCGUUUCAAGAAAAGUCACUUUUAGUACCAAACCCAACCUUUAUCGCGGGAGAUUGGUUGACAGUUGCCCAAAAUCAAUGCUUUGUUGUGUAUGAUCCCGCUACAUCAAAGCCCGUGGCAUACGUCCCUGAUCUAGACUCGCGCCAAUGUGAGCAAGCAGUAGACGCCGCCAAAGAGGCUCAGAAGAAGCUAGCCCUGUUGACUGCCAAGGAGAAAAGUCGGCUGUUGAGGAAGUGGUUUGAUCUGGUUCAGGCAGCAGCCGGCGAUCUUGCCGACAUCAUCACUAGCGAAAAUGGAAAGCCUCUGGCAGAAGCAAAGGGAGAAGUGAAAUACGCGAGCGACUUUAUCGACUGGUUCUCUGGUGAAGCAGAGAGAUUCGACGGCGCGGUCUACCAAUCAUCGAAUCACAAUAGCCGCAUCAUCACCAUGAAACAACCGGUAGGGGUAGUUGGCAUCGUGACGCCGUGGAAUUUCCCAGCCGCCAUGGUGACUAGGAAGGUCGCUGCAGCUCUCGCGGCUGGGUGUCCAUGCGUCAUAAAACCCGCCCCUGAAACACCUUUGAGCGCGAUUGCCCUGGCUCAUCUUGCCCACCAGGCGGGGUUUCCAGCAGGGUCUCUCAGUAUCAUAACAACCAGGAAGCACACGGUGCAAGUUGGGAAAGUCUUGACCCAGCAUCCAGAUAUUAGGAAGUUCUCCUUUACUGGCUCUACGGCAGUGGGCAAGGCACUUGCUGCCCAAUGCACCGGCACCAUGAAGAGGGUCAGUCUAGAGCUUGGCGGGAACGCUGCAGUGAUUGUCUUUGACGAUGCCGAUUGCGAGAAGGCCGUUGAAGGCAUCAUGGCAAGCAAGUUCCGCCUCUCGGGGCAGACGUGCGUAUGCGCCAAUCGUGUCUAUGUGCAUUCCAGGAUAUACGACAAGCUGGCAGAUAUGCUCGUCGCCAGGGUCAAACAGCUCAGACUCGGGCCCGGACAUGACCCAGAGACCACGCUGGGGCCUCUGAUCACCGAAGCUGCCGUUGAUAAGGUUAACAUACAUGUCCAAGACGCUGUAGCAAGAGGUGCGAGAGUGUUGACGGGGGGCUCUCGAGACACCCAACUUGGACCUACCUUUUUCGAGCCGACAGUUCUGGUUGAUGUGGCGGCUGACUCCAGAUGUGCGAGUGAGGAGACUUUCGGGCCCCUUUUGCCUCUUUUCAAGUUUGAGGAUGAAGAAGAAGUCAUCAAGAUUGCGAAUGCUCCUUCAGUUGGCCUCGCUGGUUACUUUUUUACUCAGGACAUUGCUCGUGCGUGGCGAGUGGCAGAGGCUCUGGAAGUUGGUAUGGUCGGGGUCAAUACCGGUCUUAUCAGCAAUGUAGCCUCGCCCUUUGGUGGCGUCAAGGAGAGUGGACAGGGUCGAGAGGGCUCAAAAUUGGGCAUUGAAGAGUUUCUUGAGGUCAAGAGUGUCACAUUUGGACUGUAG